CCUGCGCGCUGGCGGCGGCGGCGGCAGUGCCCGGCGGGGAGCGGGUCCGGAGCUGGUUGCCGGACCCAAAAUUAGGGGGUCUGGUCGGGGCCCAGGGAGCUCCCUCGCCGGGCCGUUGGCGGCUUGAUGGAGUAAGAGGGGUCGUCUGUGGAAGUGUCAAGUUGAGUGCUUCGGAUCUGGUCACUAUGGUACGAGAACGAAAAUGCAUAUUGUGCCACAUUGUGUACAGCUCCAAAAAGGAGAUGGACGAACACAUGCGGAGCAUGUUGCAUCACAGGGAACUUGAGAACCUGAAGGGCAGGGACAGCAGUCAUGAGUGCCGCGUGUGCGGGGUCACAGAAGUGGGUCUCUCCGCGUAUGCAAAGCACAUUUCUAGCCAGUUGCACAAAGAUAAGGUUGAUGCCCAGGAAAGAGAAGAUGAUGGAAAGGAAAAUGAAGAGGAAGAAGAAUAUUUUGACAAGGAACUUGUUCAGUUAAUAAAACAAAGGAAAGAACAAAGUCGACAAGAUGAACCUUCCAAGAGCAGCAAAGAAAUAAACUCUGAUGACAGACGACCCCAAAGGAGACGAGAAGAUCGGCUCCCUUACCAAGACAGAGAGAGUUACAGUCAAGCAGGCAGGCAUCACCGUGGACCUCCACAGUGGGAUUGGACAUGGAAGAAUGAUGGCUUUAACAGUAACAGGUUAAAUAGUUUUUCUCACUUGAGGAACAGUGGAGCAAGAGGACGUUCUGGAUGGCAUACGGAUGUUUCAGGAGUCUCCCUGAAUUGGUUUCACAGUCAUAGUAACCCUGGGAGUAGCUGGCAUCCAAAUAGUGGAUUAGUCGAUUGGAAUCAUAAUGGAACAGGAAGGAAUUCCAGUUGGCAUUUUGAAGGAACAGGUGGUUUUUCCAGUUGGCAUAUGAACAGCAGUAAUGGAAACUGGAAAUCCAGUGCACGUAGCACAAAUAACUGGAAUUACAGUGGCCCUAGAGACAGAUUUCAACCAGGGCGGAACAGAAAUUCUAACUCUCAAAAGGAAGAUAAGACUGUGCCAUGGAACAAGAAAUCUAGUAAGGCAAGCCUGUAUGGUCAGGAGAGAUAUAAUUGGCAGUGGCAAGAAAGUGAUAAAGUGGGUACAGUUGUUGCAUAUGGAGGUUCUUCUGAAGGAUUUACAAGUGAUAAGUAUCCUUCAGAGAACUUACUUAAUUUCAAUUUUGAACAACUGGAAAGCCAGACCACUAAACAGACAGACACUGCAGCUUCCAAAAUUGGUGGAAAGAAUAGUAAUGUAACAAGGGAAAAGCAGCAUCGCUGGACGCCAUAUCCCUCCCAGAAGACUCUGGAUCCACAGUCAGCUCUGAAAGAAGUCAGUAGUAACAAUUCAGAAAAGAUAGAUAAACCUUUGUCUGAUAUUAGUUUAAUACCCACAGGAAUGCAAGACCCUCAAACUGGUAAAAGUAAUUUCCUAAUGUCAGCACAAAAAGAAAUACCUACUGGGUCUCUUAAUCACAAAGCCACUUCUGACUGCACUGCUCCCUGUGAGGGGGCGAGAGAGUGUGCUGUUACAGAAAAACCUGAACGAGAACAUAACUCCAAUAAGAUGCCAGCAGUGAAGUCCCCGCCCCUUCCAAGGCCAGCCACUAAAUCAAUUCCUCAAAAACAGGAUUCAAAGAAUCCCUCAAAGAACACCAAAAGAAAUUCUUUUUUGCCCAGAGAAUACUUGAAUCCCUUGAACAAACCUAGUAAGGAAAAUAAUCAUGGUUCUUCGAGUUCCAAAUUGCGUGGUUCAUAUCCUCGUACUUCAAAGGGGAAUAAAAGUAAAUUUGGCCCUCCCAAGAAACCCAAUGACAGUUUAAAUGAUACAUUACGAAAAGCCAAAGAGGUGCUGCAGUGUCAGGAGUCACUGCAAACUCCACUGCUCAGCAGUUCUAAAAGGACCAAGAACUAUGCAAAAAUGAGCCGGAACGUAGAGGAGUCAGAAAGAGGGUCUCUGAAGAUCGAGCUCCAGGUGCGUGCAUUAGGAGACGAAAGCGACAGGGAGACAUCCCGCAAGGAAAAGCACAGAACAAAGCCUGGAUCCCUGGGUUCUUCCACGACACAAGUUCUGUCCUGUAGCACUCAGGCUUCUGAUGAGAAGGAGGGAGAAAACCAAGUCCUGAAGACACCUAAAAAUCUGUCUGGUUCCCCACGUAGCUCCACACCCCUCCAGAAAGAGUCUGAGUUGCCAGCGACAUCCGCACCCAGCCCACACCAUAGCUUACUGUUAGACUUGAAGACCUCCCUAGAGGAUGCACAGGUUGAUGACUCCAUUAAAUGUCACAGAUCUGGCGAAACAGAAGGCUUUGAGAUCACCAGUUUGGACGGAGAGCUUCCAAAGGACGAUAGCGGCCAACCCUCAGGCCCCCUUCUGCCUGAACUAAGCAAGCUUGGCUUUCCUGCCUCACUCCAGAGAGAUCUAACCCGGCACAUCAGUUUGAAGAGCAAAACUGGAGCCCACCUCCCUGAGCCGAAUCUCAACAGUGCUCGCCGAAUUCGCAACAUUAGUGGUCAUCGAAAGAGUGAGACAGACAAGGAAUCUGGACUCAAGCCAACCCUACGGCAGAUCCUCAACGCGUCUCGGAGAAAUGUCAACUGGGAACAGGUCAUUCAGCAAGUAACCAAGAAAAAACAAGAGCUGGGCAAAGGCCUACCCAGGUUCGGUAUAGAAAUGGUACCCCUGGUUCAAAAUGAGCAAGAGGCCUUAGAUUUGGAUGGGGAACCUGAUCUGUCUGAUCGAGAAGGAUUCCAUUGGGAAGGCAUUUCCAUCGCUUCCUCUCCUGGCUUGGCGAGGAAGCGAAGCCUUUCUGAGAGCAGUGUGAUUGUGGACAGGGCUCCUUCCAUGUAUAGCUUCUUCACUGAGGAAACUGCGAGCAAAGAAAAUGAGCCCCAGCAGGUUGUGUCGCUGAAUAACUCACUGGCGGCUGCACAGAGUCCUAAAGGAAUGCUGCGCCUUAAACAGGAAGCGACGUCUCUGGGCACCACCCUGAGAGCAGAUGAACCCAGUGCACAAGUACCCUCUGACCGGAUAAUGCCCGCAGUGCACUCAGCUGAAGACUUGAGCAGCCAGGAGAGGUCUACACCACCAUGCGAGCGUCAGACUGCUCAGGAGAGUAAAAGAGAAAGAAACUCUCCAUCAGAUGCAUCCUUAGCCCUAGCAAGCUCCAGCUUAGCGGAUGCAGCCACAGACAGUAGCUGUACCUCCGGUGCUGAACAAAACGAUUGCCCGAGUAUUAGGAAGAAACGAAGAGCCACCGGAGAUGGAUCUUCUCCUGAACUCCCAAGUCUUGAGAGAAAGAAUAAAAGAAGAAAAAUUAAAGGAAAGAAAGAACGUUCUCAGGUUGACCAGCUGCUGAAUAUUUCUUUAAGGGAGGAAGAACUAAGUAAAUCAUUACAGUGCAUGGAUAACAGCCUUCUGCAAGCCCGGGCAGCACUUCAGACAGCUUACAUUGAAGUUCAGAGACUGCUUAUGCUCAAACAGCAGAUCACUGUGGAGAUGAGUGCACUGAGGACCCAAAGGAUACAGAUACUACAGGGAUUGCAAGAAACAUAUGAACCCUCUGAGCACCCAGACCAGAUACCCUGUAGCCUCACACAAGAACAAAGGAACAGUAGGUCUCAGACAUCUGCUGACGCCACACUGCUGCCGACACCUUUUCACCCAGCGUUUCUGGAGCCCCCAUCGUCUCAUGCGUCUCCCUCAUCCACAGGAACCCCUCUCCAAGUCAACACAUCCACCUUCCCAGCCCAUGGCAGUGUCCCUGCUCCAGACUCAUCAGUUAAUAUUAAACAAGAGCCCAUGUCUCCUGAACAAGAAGAGAAUACGAAUGCUGUGUCACAAGGCUCUGCCUACCAUGAGUCCAAGGGAUUACUGCAAGCUCAGAGAGAGAUGAGCAAUAGUUCUCCUGCUUACCCAGUCAUGACUGCAACGUUGCCCUUAUCAGGGCUAACAGAAAGUUGCCAUGAGCCUAGCCAAGAACUCGAGUUGUCUGUGGAGCAAGAAAGCAUCAGGAACAGAGAAAACUCUCCCUCCUCCCAAUCGUCUAGUCUUCCUAGUAUAAAUAAAGAACAUGAAGAGCCAACCAAAGGCAACGUUGGGUCUGAAGCCUGUACCAGUUCUUUCCCAAGAUUAUCUUUUACUGCUGAAACCCCGUUGGAGAAGGAACCCCACUCCCCAGCUGACCAGCCUGAGCAGCAGGCCGAAUCCACCCUGACGUCAGCUGACACAAAGGUGAACAAGAAAAAGAAGAAACUUCGGAAGAAGAAAACUCUGCGUGCCACCCAUGUUCCUGAGAAUAGUGACACUGAACAGGAUGUGUUUACCGCUAAACCUGUGAGGAAGGUUAAAAGCGGGAAGUUAACCAAAGGAGGGAAAGUGACUACGUCCACUAGGGAAGACAGCAGAACUGGCCUGGAGCAGGACAGUGUCCGAGAUGAGCCCGACAGUGACUCGUCCCUGGAAGUCCUAGAAAUUAAUAACCUGCCUCUGGAAGUGAUACCAAUCGAAUCCUCUGAAUCCGGAGAGGAGAAACCAGACAGCCCAUCCAAAAAGGAUACCUGGAACACUACAGAGCCAAACUCGCUAGAAACUUCUCGUUCUGGAUGUGAUGAAGUUAGCUCUACCAGUGAGAUUGUCACUCGCCAUAAAGAUGGCAUCCACGUAAGUGUGGCAGAAACUCAAACAGUAAUCUCUUCUAUAAAAGCAUCUAAGAACUCUUCAGAAAUAUCCUCAGAGCCAGGAGAUGAUGAUGAGCCCACAGAAGGGAGCUUCGAAGGGCACCAAGCUGCUGUGAAUGCAAUCCAGAUAUUUGGGAACUUACUGUAUACUUGCUCAGCGGAUAAAACUGUCCGUGUAUAUAAUCUGGUGAGUCGGAAAUGUAUCGGCGUCUUUGAAGGCCAUAGCUCCAAAGUGAACUGCCUGCUGGUGACCCAGACAUCUGAGAAGAAUGCUGCCCUCUACACUGGUUCCAGUGACCACAGCAUUCGCUGCUAUCAUGUUAAGACCCGAGAGUGUAUGGAGCAGUUAGAGCUGGAAGACCGGGUUCUCUGCCUCCAUAGUAGAUGGCGAAUCCUCUAUGCCGGACUGGCCAAUGGCACUGUGGUCACCUUCAACAUAAAGAACAACAAACGCAUGGAGGUCUUUGAGUGUCAUGGCCCUCGAGCAGUCAGCUGUCUUGCCACAGCUCAGGAAGGUGCCCGAAAGCUGUUGGUUGUGGGCUCUUACGACUGUACCAUUAGUGUACGUGACGCCCGGAACGGCCUGCUCCUCAGAACUCUGGAGGGCCACAGCAAAACCAUCCUUUGCAUGAAGGUGGUGAAUGACCUGGUGUUCAGUGGUUCGAGUGAUCAGUCAGUUCACGCUCACAAUAUUCAUACUGGUGAGCUGGUGCGGAUCUAUAAAGGUCACAAUCAUGCAGUGACGGUGGUGAACAUCCUGGGGAAAGUGAUGGUGACUGCCUGCCUGGAUAAAUUUGUUCGAGUCUAUGAGUUACAGUCUCAUGAUCGCUUGCAAGUUUAUGGAGGACACAAAGACAUGAUUAUGUGUAUGACCAUCCAUAAGAGUGUGAUUUACACUGGCUGUUACGAUGGCAGCAUUCAGGCUGUGAGACUGAAUCUGAUGCAGAAUUACCGCUGUUGGUGGCAUGGUUGCUCUCUGAUAUUUGGAGUAAUAGAUCAUUUAAAGCAACACCUGUUGACUGACCACACUAAUCCAAACUUUCAAACUCUAAAAUGCCGGUGGAAGAACUGCGAUGCUUUUUUCACCGCCAGAAAAGGAUCCAAGCAGGAUGCUGCAGGACACAUUGAACGACAUGCUGAAGAUGACAGCAAAAUCCAUCCAUGAAGCUUUUUGCCUCCCAUGUUGGGAAGUUAUUUGUUGGACUAUUUCCAGAUCAACCCCUUUCAUAUGCCACUCUUCCCUUCUUGCGUGAAGUUAGGAAGGGGAAAGUGGUGACCAGCCAGGCUUACCAGUGACGUGAGUCUGGGCAGCUCUAUGGAAUGACAGGCUACCCUUUAUGUUCUGGCUGCAGAUUUUAAACAGAUUUAAAUGUAUUUUAAGGAAUCACACUCCUCUAGGGUGGCGUGAAUAUUGUAAUUUAUGCUGCCAGGAAUCUCCAGUUGUUUAUUAAAAGUUCAGAUCUUUAUUCGUUACCCAGUUUGACCGUAAUCAUACCUACAUUUUGUUGAUUUAAGUUUGUGAUUUUUAGCUAUGUUCUUAUUGGUUUAAACUUGUAGUUAGGUUUUUAAGUAAAAUUUUGUCCAAACGUUA